AUGAAGGUGUUCACAACCCUCGCCACACUCGUUUCCAUUCUCGGCGUCCUGGCGGCGCCCGCCCCGGUCGUCAAUAGCCAUAGCGAACUCGACGACCGAGCCAUCACAAUCACCGUUGCUGCGCCGGCCGGCACCAUCGUUGGUGUCAAGGGCCUCACGACGGAAGACUUCAACGGGAUCCCGUAUGCCGCUGCUCCCGUCGGCAACCUUCGUCUCCGCCCUCCCCAGCGCCUUUCCACUUCUCUCAACUUGUUUGAUGCAACCACGCCAGCCCCUGCGUGUCCCCAGUUCAUCGCGGAUUCUGACGCCUCGGACAUCCCGGCUCAAAUUCUGACUGCCGUCUCACGCACUCCUUUCUUCCAGAAAGCCCUCAAGAUCUCGGAAGACUGUCUCAACCUCAAUGUUAUUCGCCCAAAGGGAACCAAGGCUGGCGAUAACCUUCCCGUCCUUUUCUGGAUGUACGGCGGAGGGUUUGAGCUCGGCUGGAACUCGAUGUAUUACGGUGGGCCGCUGGUCACAAGCGCUGUUCUCAACGGCAAGCCGUAUGUAUUUGUGGCGGUCAACUACCGUGUUGGGGCAUGGGGAUUUUUGCCCGGCAAGGAGAUUCUCGCGGACGGUGCUGGGAACCUUGGGCUCCGCGACCAACGCAUGGGUCUCGAGUGGGUUGCCGACAACAUUGCUGCGUUUGGCGGUGACCCGUCAAAGGUCACGAUCUGGGGCGAGUCGGCUGGUUCCAUCAGUGUGUUCAACCAGAUGGCUGCGUACGGCGGAAACAUUACAUAUAAAGGCAAACCUCUGUUCCGUGGCGGCAUCAUGAACUCGGGCUCGGUUUUGCCCACCGACCCCAUCGACUGCCCCAAGGGCCAGGCAAUCUACGAUACAAUUGUCGAAAAAGCCGGAUGCACUGGCCCGGACUCGCUCAACUGCCUCCGUCAACUCCCUCUCGACAAGUUCACUGAUGCCGCAAACUCGGUCCCGGCAAUGCUGUCGUGGACCUCGGUCGCCGUCUCCUACCUACCCCGUCCUGAUGGUGACUUCUUGCCCGAGAGCUCUCACACACUUGCCCAGAAAGGCAGGUAUGCCGCCAUUCCCAUUAUCGUGGGUGACCAGGAGGACGAGGGUACUCUCUUCUCCCUCUUCCAGGCCAACACCACUGGGAGCACGGCGGCGAUUGUCAAGUACCUCAAGGACCUCUUCUUCCAUGGCGCCAGUGAACAAGUCCUCACUGCUCUUGUCGAAACCUACCCCGACUCGAUCUUGGAGGGCUCGCCCUUCCGCACUGGGCCCUUUAACGAACUAUACAGGGGCUUCAAGCGCCUGGCUGCCCUCCUUGGCGACAUCGUCUUCACUAUCACCCGCCGCGUUUUCAUCGACAUUGCCAAGACUGUCAACCCUAAAGUCCCUGUGUGGUCAUACAUUGCCAGCUACGGCUACGGUACUCCUAUCCUUGGCACAUUCCACGCCUCGGACCUUCUUCAGGUCUUCUAUGGCAUCCUUCCCAACAAGGCCUCGCGCGAUAUCCAGGCCUACUACAGCAACUUUGUCUACAACCUUGACCCCAACAACUACUCGGGUGGCACCAACAGUCUCUCGCGCGUCAUUGACAACUGGCCACAGUGGGAGAAGGGGACUAAGAAGCUCAUCCAGUUCUAUGCCUACCACUUCCAGCCCAUGGUCGACGACUUCCGCACCGACUCGGAAAAGAUCCUUUCCGACAACAUUGAUACCUUGCACAUCUAG